AUGAGAGCAAAUUGUUCCAGCGGCUCGGCCUGCCUGGCCAACAGUUCGGCGGAGGAGCUGCCAGAGGGCCUGAAGGCGUACGGGAACCUGGAACUCGUGUUCACGGUGGUGUCAGCCCUGAUGAUCGGCCUACUGAUGUUCUCCUUGGGAUGCUCUGUGGAGGUCCAGAAGCUCUGGGGGCACAUCAGGAGACCCUGGGGCAUCGCUGUGGGACUGCUCUGCCAGUUUGGGCUCAUGCCUCUUAUCGCCUACCUCCUGAUCAUCAGCUUCUCUCUGAAGCCCCUCCAAGCUAUGGCUGUCCUCAUCAUGGGGUGUUGCCCAGGGGGAACCGUCUCAAACAUUUUCACCUUCUGGGUGGAUGGAGAUAUGGAUCUCAGCAUCAGUAUGACAACCUGUUCCACAGUGGCUGCCCUGGGAAUGAUGCCACUCUGCCUUUAUAUCUACACCUUGCCCUGGAAUCUUGAACAGAAGCUCACCAUUCCGUAUCAGAACACAGGAAUCACCCUUGUGUGCCUGAUCAUUCCUGUGGCCUUUGGUAUCUAUGUGAAUUAUAGGUGGCCAAAACAAUCCAAAAUUAUUCUUAAGAUCGGGGCCAUUGCUGGCGGACUCCUCUUUUUGGUCAUCGCAGUGGCUGGUAUGGUGCUGAUGAAAGGAUCUUGGAAUUCAGACAUCAUUCUUCUGAUGAUCAGUUUCAUCUUUCCUUUGAUUGGCCAUGUCAUAGGCUUUCUCCUGGCACUUCUUACCCACCAAUCUUGGCAGAGGUGCAGGACAAUUUCCUUAGAAACCGGGACUCAGAAUGUUCAGAUGUGCUUCACCAUGCUGCAGUUAUCCUUCACUGCUGAGCAACUGGUCCAGAUUCUUAACUUCACAUUGGCCUAUGGACUUUUCCAGGUGCUGGAUGGGUUUCUCAUGGUGGCUGCAUAUAAGAUGUACAAGAGGAGAUUGAAGAACAAACAUGGAAACGAGAAACCAGGUUGUCAAGCCCGUCAUAGGAAGAAAUCCACUUCUCCCAAAGAGGCCAUUGCUUUCUUGGAGGUGAAUGAAGAAGCCACUCUGAGUCCUGGGCCCUCAGGACCCAAGGAUCUCCACGGGGCUCCCACGCCAACUGAUGACAUCUCACGUGCCAAGUAG